GAAUGUGUUGAGGCACUCCAAGAGCUUGUGGAGGGACCUGUUGCUGCAGAUGAACUUUCACCUGUUGAAAAUACAGGAGCAGAAACUGCCAAAGCUGAACUGAUGACAGUUCCUCCUGCUAAAAGGAAGGGCAGAGCUGUGCCAGAGGAGACUGAUGGCAUCAUCUCAGGAGCCACAGCUAAUAAGAAUGCGAAGGGCACUAAAACUUCACGAAAGAACAAGUUUCAAGGGCCGAAGAACACAACCACUGCCAAGAGGAGCCGAAAAACAAAACAAACAAGUUAUGGGAAACGUAGAAAGAAAAAAGCAAGAAAAUCUUUAUUUGGGGAAAGAGAAAUGGCAUCUAAGAAACCUCUUCUCAGUCCCAUCCCUGAAAUUCCAGAGGUUCUCUCUUCUGUCUCAUCUCCAGACUCACCCAAGGCAAAUACACUUUGUUCAGAGGAUGAAGUUUUAGAUCAUCCCAAAUCCAGGAAUGCUUGCAAGGAUGUCCAGCAGGAGCUGGAAGUAGUUGAAAGGAUAAGAGGGAAGAACAGCUGUGCAGUUGAUGUGUAUCCAAGCUCUGAGGACCUGCACAUGGAAGAAGCCAGCAGCUCCAGGGAUGGAAUCCUUCAGGUGUCAGAGGGUGAUUUGGAGUCUGGUGCUGGCACUGACCAUAAGUUUUCAACCAUUGUGCCAGAUGCAAAGGAUGGGUUUGAUACACCUGAGUGUUUCCAGCAAGGUGAAGAGGCUGCAUGUGAAAAAGAAGCAAAAGAAAGUGAUUCCUUGAUUGAAAGUGAGAAAUUCCAAGGAAAUCUCUUAAGUGGGCUAGAAUCCCUGGCACAAGAAGCCACUGGUUCAUCUUAUAAUGUGGAAGAAGUUUUAUCUGUUCCUCAGCCUAGAGGUGGCUCCUCCCAUUCCUUGAGGAGAAAGAGCAGCACCAGUGGGGAAGUGAGAGUAAGGCGCAGCAUGAGGCUAAGUAGAGACACUGGGAGUGAAGGACUUGCAUGGAUCCUACUCCCCAGUGAGAUCCCAAGGCAGCCUCCCCUGCCAGCUUCUGCUCCCAGGACCAGGAGAACCAUCAGCACAUCCAUCCUCACAGGAUCUGCUCCACACAGAGAGCAAAACCUGCUGUUUGCAGCCCCAGGGAAGGAGAAUGAGGACUCUGUCCCUGCUGCUGCUGGGCAUUGCAGAAGGGGGAGGAGGAGCAGCAUAUGUACAGCCACAGCUCGAGAAACAGCCUCCUGGGCUCCAACCCAGAAAAGGAGAAUAUCAAAUUCUGUGUAUAGGAAGGACAGAAGUAACCAAAAACUCUCUGAAGAAGUAAAAAUACCUCUUGAGCUAACAUUUAGCAAGGCUUCAGUUCCCUCUCAUUUUCUGAAGUGA